UUUUUUUUUAUUUUUUUUUCUGUUUUUUAGGGCCAAUAAAAAAAUAAUAUUUUAUCCUAAUGUGUAAUAAUCGAAAACUAGUUGUAUUAUUUUAUUUUUCCAAAGAUUCUACAUAACUUUAAUGAAAAGUAAAAAGUCAUUCAUAUAAAAAGAAAGUAUCUUUAAAUCUCUUUCUCUCUUUCUCUCUCUUAUUGUUGUAUAUUUAUAUUUAUAUAAACUUAUUGAGUAUUAUCUGUAUUUUAACGUGUUAUGCAACAAGAUAAUAAUCUUUCAAUUACAGAAAUUACAUUUGACACCUCAGACAAUCACAUACAAAGAAGUCAAAAUGACGAAAAAAAAUACCAAGUUACUUAUGAUGAAAAGGCCUUAUCUAGAGAGGCUUCAAUUAUGACUAGUGAUACACAGACAGAUAAUAAAUCUUUAUUAAAGAAGGUGUUGAUGAGAAAACGUAAUUUAAUAAGUCGUACUUCCACAUCCACAAUAACUGUAGCAGAGGGGCCCCCUUAUCAUACUAUGAAGAUUGAAGCCGUUGCUCAGUUGUUGAAAUCUGAUCUACAGGAUGGUCUUAAAGAAUCAGUAGUGGCUGAAAAGCGUACUCAAUAUGGCUAUAAUGAAAUGGAAGGUGAUGGUGGUGUUAAUCCUAUCAAGCUCAUGUUGAAGCAAUUUUUGAAUAUCAUGGUCUUAAUUUUAGUUAUUGCCAUGGUUGUGUCAUUUGUUUUCAAGGAUUAUGUCGAAGCUGGUGUCAUUGCAUUUAUUAUGGUCUUGAAUGCCGGUAUCGGCUUUGCUCAAGAAUACAAAGCCGAGCGUACUAUGGAAUCCUUACGUCAAAUGGCUUCACCUACUUCUCAAGUCAUUCGUGACGGUCAACAAAAGACGAUUGCUACUCGUGAUUUAGUUCCUGGAGAUAUCAUUAUUCUCAAGAAUGGAGAUGUUGUUGGUGCUGAUUGUCGUGUUAUUGAAUCAUUUAAUAUGGAUAUUGAUGAAGCUUUAUUAACGGGUGAAUCACUUCCUGUCAAUAAAGUCGCUGAUGUCUUGGAAAAUACUGAGGUUCCUUUAGGUGAUCGUAUCAAUAUGACAUAUUCUAGUACAACAUUGUGUAAAGGUCGUGGUAAAGCUAUCGUAACUGCCAUCGGUAUGCAAACAGAAAUUGGUAAAAUUGCAAAGCGUCUUUUGGAUAGUGGAGAAAAUAAUCGUACUCCUCUUCAAAAGUCCUUGGAUCGUAUGGCCCUUGUUUUAUUAGCUGUUGCUAUUAUUACCUUAUUAAUUGUCUUUGGUGUUGCUAAAUUUCAAAUUGAUGAUCAAGUCGUACUUUAUGCUAUCUCUACUGCUAUCGCUGUCAUUCCUGAGGGUCUUAUUGCCGUAGUUACGCUCACACAAGCCUUUGGUGUUAAUGCGAUGGCUAAGGCUAACGCUCUUGUUCGUCGUCUUGUUGCCCUCGAAAGUCUUGGCUCUGUUACUAAUAUUUGUUCAGAUAAAACAGGUACCCUUACUCAAUCGAAGAUGGUCUUGACUCGUUUCUGGCGUCCAGAUACCGGCUUCUAUAAGGUCUCUGGUCUUGGUUUCACCAUUGAAGGUCAAGUGGUUUCCGAAUCUGAUGCUGAAAAGAUCAUUACAAAGGAAAAUAUGAAUUUCGGUAUGCAUCAAUUAGUUGAAUCAGCUGCCCUUUGUAACAUGAGUGAGUUACGUCAACAUCAUGAAACUGAGGAAUGGUAUGGUAUUGGUGAUCCUACUGAAAUCGCUUUGCAAGUCUUUGCUCAUAAAAUGAAGAUGGGUAAACCUGCUUUGAUGAACGAUGAAAAUUGGCGACUUGUAUCUGAAUACCCCUUUGAUUCCUCUAUCAAGCGUAUGAGUGUCCUCUGUCAGCACAAUAACGGUGAAGCCUUUGCUUUCUUAAAGGGUGCUACUGAACGUGUCUUAUCCUGUUGUACUGGAAUUCAAAUGUCUGAUAAAGGUGAUGUUAAGUCCAUGACUCAAGAGGAACUUCAAGAGUUGAUCAUGCCUCAGGUCGAAAGCUUAGCUAUGGGUGGUCUUCGUGUCCUUUCACUUGCUACUCGUCAUAUCUCAACCAAAGGGAAAGAUACACUCGAAUUCGAUACCUUUAGUCGUGAAGAGAUUGAACAGGAUAUGAUUUUCUUGGGUUUAGUUGGUAUCUAUGAUCCUCCUCGUGCUGAAUCCAAGUCAGCUGUUGAAAAAUGUCAUAAGGCAGGUAUUACAGUUCACAUGCUUACAGGUGAUCAUAUUGCAACCGCUACAGCUAUUGCUCGCGAGGUUAGAAUUAUUCCUGCUGAGGGAGAUGUUAGUGAUGUUGUCAUGUCUGCUCAAGAAUUCGAUAAGUUAUCUGAAGAAACUAUUGAUCAACUCCCUCAAUUACCAUUAGUCAUUGCUCGUUGUAGCCCUGACACAAAGGUAAAGAUGAUUGAAGCACUUCAUCGACGUAAACGUAUCAGUGCCAUGACAGGUGAUGGUGUUAACGAUAGUCCCUCCCUCAAGGAAUCCGAUAUUGGUAUUGCUAUGGGUCAAGGUGGAUCUGAUGUUGCUAAACAAGCAUCUGAUAUUAUCCUUGUCGAUGAUAAUUUUGCUACAAUUGUUGCUGCUAUUCAAGAAGGUCGUCGUGUGUUUGCUAACAUCUCCAAGUUUGUUGUCCACAUGGUCUCUGUCAAUGUUGCUGAAUUAACUCCUUUGCUUCUUUGCUUGGCCUUCCGUGAUGGUAAUAAUAUCGUUUAUCCUCUUUCUCCUAUUCAAAUCUUGUUCAACAACUUGAUUACCAGUGCGCCUCCUGCUAUGGCCUUAGGUCUCGAACCUGUUCAUCCUCAACAAAUGCUCGUCCCUCCCAGAUCUGAUAAAGAGUCUCUCUUCUGUAAUCGUAAUAUCAUCGAUAUCUUAUACUAUGGUAUCAUGAUGGGUCUGAUCUGUUUAGCUAAUUAUGCAAUCGUUAUUUAUGUCUAUGGCUCUGGUAGUCUCGGUAUUGACUGUAAUAUGUCCUUUAACCAAAACCCUCAUAAAGAUACCUGCUAUGAUGUUUAUCAUGCGCGUGGUGCUCUUUUUGUUACUAUGACUAUCUUACUCUUGAUACAUGCACAAACAUGUCGUGAUUUAGUAAAUCCUACUUGGACAUGGAAGGGUUUGACAGGAAAACAAAACUAUCAUAUGUAUGCCUCUUGGGUCUUUGGCUUCUCUAUCAUGUUUAUUGUUCUUUAUGUGCCUGUAAUUAAUACUGAAGUAUUCAAGCAUUUGCCUAUUACUUGGGAAUGGGGAAUGGUGGCAGCAUCUGUUGUUGUGUAUAUCAUUUUAGCUGAAAGCUAUAAAUUCAUUAAGCGUAAAUUUUUCACUAUUAGAAAGUAACUUAUCUCUCUCUCUCUCUCUCUCUCUCUCUCUCCUUCCCCCUCUUUUUUUUCCCUUCCCUUCUCAAUUCUAC